AUGGAUCGUGAACUCGUUAAAUUAAUAGUCACUCAGGGGCUGCAUGGCACUUCUACCCCCACUGAUCUAUCCUUCGCCGAUAACUCAACCAUCAAAGCUAUUCCUGGUGACACUUGCACGGUCCUGAAGAACCUAGCGAUAGAACCAGAUCUCAUUUAUUGCAUAUGCUGUCCCAAGUUUUUUGCGAUGUACCCGGACAACGAAAGUGCACCUCAGAAAUGCUCUUUUCGCCACCUUCCUGAAAAGCCUCCGAAAGCCAGUACAGGAAAUAACCGACUAGGUCAACUCGAAAUAACAUACUUGACAAACUUCGCCAGAAUCGGCAAUCUGCGGGCAGCGCUGGCGAGUGGUAGUUUUCCCAAAUCUUUCAAACCCUAUGUGAAACAGAUACGAGCUCUCUACCAACCCAUCCCAUUCGCCGCGGAAACCGCGACCAAUCGGCGUCAAAGCACCCUCGAAGUUGGCAUGCUAAACCAACUAAUUGAUUGGCUAAAUCAAAUUUUCCCCCUCGAGAACGGCGGCCAGUGGACUACGUCCAGCAAAUGGAGCAUGUCUUUGGCAUCCGUGAACAAGGCCCCUGUCAACUCACUAAUCCAAAUCUUCCCAAACUUGAAGCAGGGCAAUGUGGUGUAUUCAAGCAUGAAAACUAACGAAAGUAACUGUGUAGUCGAGCUGAAGCCGGGUUCUCAAACAAAGUAUGGGAUGAUCAAAACGAUUUUCACUCAUUUACGAAGGGCCCCCGGUUCCAAAGCUGUGAAAGAUACUUGGCUAGCAGUACAUCCGCUGGUUACCAUCCGUUGUAACCCCAACCCUUUUGCCCAACUCCAACAGUACGACGCAGUUGGCGUUGCCUUGCGAAAAGUCGAAUACGAUCAAGAGCACAUAGUACUUCUCGAGGAGGUUUUGGCACAAUGCGCGUGGAUGACUUACAAGCCCAAAGAGCUUGUCCCGGCUAUAGAUUUUGAAACUAUAGCGGUAGUCUCCCUUGAUUGUUAA